CGUGACGUCAUCUCAGAGCGACAAAGUUACCCUUGCACUUGACUUGAGUUUAUUUUUGUUUUUUUGAAAGUGUGGAGGUGUGUGUGUGUGAGUGAGAGAGAGUGAGAUCUAGGGAUGGCCCUAACUGGAGUGCGUGUGAUUGAGUUAGCUGGACUUGCCCCGGCACCCUUCUGUGGAAUGAUCCUAUCUGAUUUUGGGGCCCGGGUGAUCCGCAUAGAUAGGACAAAGGUCACCAUGGCAAUGGACUCACAAGCAAGAGGCAAACAGUCCGUGGCCUUGAACCUGAAGAGUCCACAGGGAGUGGCUGUGCUGAAAAAAAUGUGUCUUCAGUCAGACGUAGUUCUUGAACCCUUCCGAAAAGGGGUGAUGGAGAAGUUGGGUUUGGGUCCUGAAACUCUCCUAAAGGAAAAUCCUCGCCUUAUUUAUGCACGACUCACAGGAUAUGGCCAGAGUGGCUGCUACUCCAAAGCUGCAGGACACGACAUUAACUACCUGGCCAUGUCUGGAUUGCUGUCCAUGUUGGGCCGCAGCUCAGAGAAACCCUAUGCCCCACUGAACUUGGUGGCUGACUUUGCAGGAGGAGGCCUGAUGUGUGCCUUAGGAAUCAUUCUGGCUUUGCUAGAGAGGAGCAAAUCAGGCCAGGGCCAAAUCAUCGAUGCCAGCAUGGUGGAGGGAGCAGCAUAUGUGGGUUCCUUCAUGUGGAAGUCUCGCAGCCUUGGUUUGUGGAACCGGCCCCGUGGGGAGAACAUGCUGGACAGCGGUGCUCCAUUCUACGACACGUAUCAGACCUCUGAUGGGAAGCAUAUGGCUGUGGGGGCCAUCGAACCUCAGUUCUAUGAUCAGUUGAUCCAGGGCCUUGGAUUGGAUGCUGCCUCCCUCCCACCGCAGAUGAGCUUUUCUGAUUGGCCAGACCUUAGGCAGACAUUCGCCCAGGUGUUUGCACAGAAGACACAGGCAGAGUGGAGCAGGAUCUUUGACGGGACAGAUGCUUGUGUGACCCCGGUGCUACCUCUUGAUGAAGCCGGGUCACAUACCCAUAACCGAGAGAGGGGCUCCUUUCUGAUGAAUGCUCAGGGCGAAGUCAGUCCUCGUCCGGCACCUGUCCUGUCUCGCACUCCGGCUCAGCCGUGUCUCUCUCGUGACCCUCUUGUGGGUGAACAUACUCGCGCCGUGCUUGAGGAGUAUGGCUUUGAUCCAGCUUAUAUCAAGCAGCUGCUGUCAACUGGCGUGGUGGAGUGCAAUGAAGCUAAAGCACAUCUUUAAGACGAUACAAGAGCAGCAUCACCAGCGAAUCACUAGUUUCUCACACACACAAAAAAGCAAAACACACCUAUUGCCUUGUAUACUAACCACCUUCAACAGGUAACUGAUGUGUGAAGAGUGAUUAAGCUCAAAAUGACCAUCUGUUGAAGCACAGGCUUUUAUCUGAGUUUGUAGAGUGCUGAUUUUUGUUCUGUGGUGAAAUGCCUUGUCUUUUUAAAUACAAAGCUCUUUACUGUGAUUAUCCCCAUGACAGAACUGAAUUUAAGAAGCUUGCCUGAAAUCUGAAGUGUUUGUGAUCAUCGUUAUUAAGCCUUCAGUUUAUAGCUGAGACAUUGCUUCAGGGUGUUAAUUCUCCAUAUAAUAAUAACUCUCCAACCACAGCAUAAGAUAAAUAUCCCUCGAAGACUUUUAAUUGGACCCUCCAGAAUUAAUGGCACCCUUAUUUAAAUUGAUGUUCAAUUGUUCUGAUUACCUUUGAAUGCUUCUUUGUGUUCCAUAAUAUUUUUCGUCUUAUUUGUGAAGAUCAGCAACCCUUUGCGCCUUUUUUAGGGAUGCAUCAAUACCGUUUCCCCCCAGACAUUACAAAUGUGUGUACCAAAGAAAAUGUACUCCUUGAUAAUGAUUCCAAUACUGAUUCAUGACAACCCCAAAAAAAAAAAAUCUUGGGGUUACACUGUGGUGUUAACAUUAUUUACAAAAAGCAGUUGUUGCUGUCUUUUAGAAGCUGCAUUGAGUGAGGUUAUUUGGAAACCAGUGUAAAUGUUUCUGCAUGAUGUGUAGCAAGCUAAUUUAAUAAAAAGUUUACCUUCUCUGAAA